AUGCUCGUGAACACCCGAGCAACACUGUGCGCCACGAAUAACCGUUGUUUCAAGUGCCUCAUUCGCGGACACUAUGCAACCAAGUGCAGAAAGCCCUACAAUGGUUGUAGCGAAUGCGGUGGCCCCCACCAUCUCCUGCUUCACGGUGCCGACCGCCAAUUCCCAGCUGCUUCAUCAAAGCAAGGUAACAAUUUAAGUGUCCUAUUAGUUCACGCGCCGCGUAACAGCAUCGGGCCAGUCCUGCUGGCAAUAGUCCGAGUAAUAGUCGAAGCUGGUAAUCGUUCUCGCACAGUAUUUGCCGUUCUCGACCCCGGAAGUGAAGCAACCCUUGUAACGCGUUCAUUGGCAGACCGUUUAAACUUGAAGGGCUAUCCCACCAAAAUUCAUUUCGGUUCCUUUGCCAGUUCGACGCUGCUCGACAAAUCCGUAGUGUCAUUUCGGUUGCGCUCAGCGGAAAGCAAGCACUCCUUCGCACUGGAUGAGGCGUUCGUGGUCCCAAAUAUCAAUCUCUCGCAUCGAAAAAUUAAUUGGCCGAAAAUGAAGUAUGGAUGGCCGCACCUCGCUUGUUUACAAUUACCAGCAAUCGACUCAACUAAGGUCGAACUCUUGAUAGGAAUGGAUCUACCAUCAGCCCACCAAACACUUCGUGUAAUUACACCUCUUGCCAAUGAAGACGGGCCUUCGGCACACGAAACGUGCUUUGGCUAUGCAGUUGUUGGAAAAAUUCCCCGAUCCCUUGUUUCUGGUCCAAGCCUUAAAAUAGACGUCAACCUCGGGUCUACAGAAGUGGAACCGUCGCUAGCAACCACCGUUGAACGCUUCCAGUCAAACCAGUCAUUCGGCGUCGUUGUAAAAUCAAAAUCGAAAAAAUCCCAGGAAGAAGAAGAUCAGCAGAUGUUAAACGUGAUCAAGCGGUCAAUAAAAUUCGUUGGAUGUGGCUACGAAAUUGAGCUACCCAUUCGACCAGAAGCGUCCGUCGUUCCAAACAACCGAAGUCAAGCGCUCUCUCAAUUUUUUGGCGUCGAGCGCCGCCUCGCGGAGCCGGCGAUGCGUGACGUGGCAUCAAAUUAUGAAAAGAUUAUGCAGAAUCUCAUUUCGUCCGGCACCGUGAUUGCUGUGUGCCAGUCCGACUUAUGUGAACCACAGGGUAAAAUCUGGUAUCUCCCGCAUUUUUUUGUAGUAAACCCCAACAAGCCACAAAAAAUUCGUGUAGUGUUUGAUGCUAAAGCACGUUUUUGUUCGACCUCGUAUAAUUCCAUCAUGUUGCGCGGACCGCCAUCUAUUCCCAGCUUAGUCGGUGUGCUUCUGCGCGCUCGUCAGUUUCGUGUUGCGCUUUCCGCCGAUAUCACAGCGUUUUAUCAUCGCAUCGGCGUAGCCAGUCAACACCAGCCCCUGCAGCGUUUCGUUUAUCGAAGAUUCGGCAGCAAAGAGCCAAUACUGACGUAUCAAUUCACUACCCUAAUUUUUGGAGCUGUAUUCUCAUCAUCCGCGACCGUUUACACGCUACAACAUGCAGCCAGCGAAUGUGCUGCCUUUCCUCAAGUUGCGGCCAAGAUGCCAGACAACUUCUACUCAGACAAUCUUAUCGACUCCUUCGAAACAGAGGAUGAGGCGAUUAAAUUCAGCAUGGCGGUAAGGCAAUCCCUCGAAGCUGGUGGAUUCAGUUUGACGGCAUUUGCUUCGUCUGCUCCGCGAGUGCUCGAAAGCAUUCCCUUGCAUCAAAGGUCAGCUAGCGUUUUAGACCUCAACGUGGACGCCUUGCCGGUAGAAUACCAUCUAGGAAUCGAGCUAGAUCUAACAACAGAUUCGUACAGUGUCAGGGUCAAAACGAUGCCCCAAGUGUCCACUAGAAGAGAAAUGCUAGCUGCCAUGUCGCUGACGUUCGACCCGCUUGGGAUCUGUCUCCCGGUUAUCGCUGGGGCUAAAUUACUGUUUCAGCUUACAAACAGAUUGGAGAGAAACGCUCGCGGGUGGGACCAGCCUUUGCCAGCAGACCUGCUGGAAAAGUGGAAUGUUUGGGCAGAUGGGUUGGCCAAGCUAUCGUUCCCUAAUGUGAGCAGAUGUUUCCGCCCCGCCGAUUUUCUAUUUUUGGGCUCUGUAUCUCGGCUGAUUGUGUUUGCUGACGCGUCAUCAGUCGCGUUUGGAGCGGUCGCCUACCUCCGCACACAAUUGAAUAACAAGGUCCAUGUAAGUUUCGUGAUGGCAAAAGGUCGUUCAGCAUCAUUGAGGCCAACGACAAUUCCGCGGAUGGAGUUACAGGCGGCUGUACUGGCCGUGCGCUUGUCAGCACUAAUAAAAAAAGAACUCCGCAUCCCAAUUGCUUCUGUUGAAUAUCACACCGACUCUCAGAUCGUUUUAUGGCAGCUGCGAUCCGAUGACCAUGGACGUCCGUCAUUUGUGCGCGCAAGAAGAGAGGAGAUCCUCGCCCACUCGGCACUCAACGACUGGCAUUUCGUUCGUAGUAGCGAUAACCCGGCCGACGAAUGUACUCGCGGUGUCACACCGAAAGACUUUGGUCCUGGUUGCCGUUGGAUUACUGGCCCCUCUUUUCUCAUGGAUCCGUCCUAUGUUGCAGAGCCAUUUGACCAUCGCGCCACUAAACCUUCUGAAAAGGAAGACGAUGAAACACUGACCAUCAGCAUUGGGCAUCUGGAUGUCGCGCCAUAUUGCUGCCACCCGAAGGCAGCCGCCGUAUCUAAGCUCAUAUCCCACGCCACGGAACUAAGCAUUCUGAAACGCGAAGUUGCCCAGCUGGUGCGACACGAUCCGGCCACGCAAGCGGAGCCGACCGUUGGAGAGCUUGCAGAAGCCCUUCGUGUGUGCUUGCUGGUCUCCCAAAGUGAAGUUUUCGUGCGCGAGUGCAAGGCCCUUCUUAACGGAACCGAAAUUCCUCGAAAUUCAGUGCUGCGGCGUGUUGGCCCAUACAUCGAUCCGGAUUGUUGCUUAAUGAAAGUGGACGGAAGGUUGGAGCACGCCGAACUCCCGGCGCGCACUCGUCACCCAACUAUAAUUGCACCGAACCACCCGAUGACCAGGUUAAUCAUAGAAGAUUGUCACCAAAAAGUGCGGCACUCCGGCGUUGAGCACACCUUAAGCAUCUUGCGCGAGCAAUAUUAUCUCCCCCAGGGUCGCAGGGCCAUCCGUCGGGCAUUGAGAAAAUGUGUCAAGUGCAAGCUCUUACGUUCCCUGCCCCAAGCACCGAAAAUGGCAAGCCUACCAAAAGAACGUCUUCAGGCUUUCCUUCGCGUUUUUACAAAUGUCGGCCUCGAUUGUUUUGGGCCAUUCCAGGUCGUAAUCGGAAGGCGAUCAGUUAAAAGAUAUGGCCUUCUUAUCACCUGCCUUUCCUCUCGUGCGGUGCACCUGGAGGUCCUCGACUCAAUGGAUGCUGAUUCCUUCAUCAUGGCCCUUCGCCGGUUCAUUUCCCUCCGCGGCAGUCCAGCCGUCGUAUAUUCGGACAACGGCACGAAUCUGAAGGCAGGCGGCAAGGAGCUCCCGAAGGAAUCAAAAACUUAA